UCCAUGAAAGUAUAUUUUCCAGACAACUGAAAUUUACUUCCUAAGGCAAAGACCCUGAGAAGCAUUCCAGGAGCAAAGUAGUAGAAAGGAAGAAGAGCACCAAACCAUUCAUUGAGGUCUCUCCGGGCAGGAUGAGGGGGAAAUGUGAACAAAAGCAACAGCUCUCUUCAGUUUCCACAAUGUCCGGCGACCCCAAGACUUUCGAGCUCUUUCUGGAGGGCCAGCAGGCAGCUCGCGAACACAAACCCGGGGCCAGCCGCCUACUGCUGCUGCUGCCGCUGCCGCCGCCGCCGCCACCGCUGCCUCCGCCGGCUCUGCGCACCCGGGACUUUUCAUGCACCGCACUCACCGCCUCCUUCCCUCCGUGUCCUGAAAAGUGCGACCGUUCUCCCAAGGAAUUUCUACGGUCUUAGAAGGGGAUGAUUCCCCAGUAAUAUUCCCUGCCCUUGAUCCAAGGUGCCGCUUGGCCUCCCUCCCAGGGAAGACUGCUUCUUGUGUGACACCAGCCAUAGAAAGAGACUCCGAUGGACUUACACCGGGCAGCCUUCAAGAUGGAGAACUCAUCCUACCUCCCCAACCCACUGGCAUCCCCAGCACUGAUGGUCCUGGCGUCCACGGCUGAGGCCAGCCGCGAUGCUUCCAUCCCUUGUCAGCAGCCACGACCCUUUGGUGUACCUGUCUCAGUAGACAAGGACGUGCAUAUUCCAUUCACCAACGGUUCCUACACCUUUGCCUCUAUGUACCAUCGGCAAGGUGGGGUGCCGGGCACUUUUGCCAAUCGUGAUUUUCCCCCUUCUUUACUACACCUCCACCCUCAGUUUGCUCCCCCAAAUCUAGAUUGCACCCCAAUCAGUAUGCUGAAUCAUAGUGGGGUGGGGGCUUUCCGUCCCUUCGCUUCCACUGAGGACCGGGAGAGUUAUCAGUCAGCCUUUACGCCAGCCAAACGACUUAAGAACUGCCAUGACACAGAGUCUCCCCACUUGCGCUUCUCAGAUGCAGAUGGCAAGGAAUAUGACUUUGGGACACAGCUGCCAUCUAGCUCCCCCGGUUCACUUAAGGUUGAUGAUACUGGGAAGAAGAUUUUUGCUGUCUCUGGCCUCAUUUCGGAUCGGGAAGCUUCGUCUAGCCCAGAGGAUCGGAAUGACAGAUGUAAGAAAAAGGCAGCAGCAUUGUUUGACAGCCAGGCCCCUAUUUGCCCUAUCUGCCAGGUCCUGCUAAGGCCCAGUGAGUUGCAGGAGCAUAUGGAGCAAGAACUGGAACAGCUGGCCCAGCUGCCUGCCAGCAAGAAUUCCCUUCUGAAGGAUGCCAUGGCUCCAGGCACCCCCAAGUCCCUCCUGUUGUCUGCUUCCAUCAAGAGGGAAGGAGAGUCUCCAACAGCAUCACCACACUCCUCUGCCACUGAUGACCUGCACCAUUCAGACAGAUACCAGACCUUCCUGCGAGUGCGAGCCAACCGGCAGACCCGACUGAAUGCUCGGAUUGGGAAAAUGAAACGGAGGAAGCAAGAUGAAGGGCAGGUAUGUCCCCUGUGCAACCGCCCCCUGGCAGGAUCGGAGCAGGAGAUGAGUAGGCAUGUGGAGCAUUGCCUUUCUAAGAGGGAAGGCUCCUGUGUGGCUGAGGACGAUGCUGUGGACAUCGAGCAUGAGAAUAGCAACCGCUUUGAGGAAUAUGAGUGGUGCGGGCAGAAGCGGAUACGGGCCACCACUCUCCUGGAAGGUGGUUUCCGAGGCUCUGGCUUCGUCAUGUGCAGCGGCAAGGAGAAUCCGGACAGUGAUGCUGACCUGGAUGUGGAUGGGGAUGACACUCUGGAGUAUGGGAAGCCACAGUAUCCUUGGGGCACUGUGGGACAAGGAUCUGUUGUCCUUGACCACCAUGCCAGAUACACAGAAGCUGACGUCAUCCCCUGCACAGGCGAGGAGCCUGGUGAAGCCAAGGAGAGAGAGGCACUCCGGGGUGCAGUCCUAAAUGGCGGCCCUCCCAGCACACGCAUCACGCCCGAGUUCUCUAAAUGGGCCAGUGACGAGAUGCCAUCUACCAGCAACGGUGAGAGCAGCAAGCAGGAAGCCAUGCAGAAGACCUGCAAGAAUAGUGACAUCGAGAAAAUCACCGAAGAUUCAGCUGUGACCACGUUUGAGGCCCUGAAGGCUCGGGUCAGGGAACUUGAACGGCAGCUAUCCCGUGGGGACCGUUACAAAUGCCUCAUCUGUAUGGGUGCCAAGAAGCUCUGCCCUCAGUGCAACACCAUCACAGCGCCCGGAGACCUGCGGAGAAUCUACUUGUGAGCUAGCCACCCCCAGCAGGCCUUGCCUGGAGCAGCCCCACCUGCCCGCCUCUGUGACGUGACCCUCCCCCUUGUACAUAUUUGCACACAGGUUCCCCAUGUACAUACAUGCGCACACACACGUGCACAUUCGUGUGCGUGCACACACACACACACACAUAACACACACACACACACACACACACACACACACACACACACACACACACACGACUCUGGAGCCAGAGUGGAGGCUGAGACCCAGGCCUUGCCUGCUGGUUCCCACCAAAACUAAGGACCAUACCUGUUUGGGGUUUUGUUCCCAAGGUGGGGCAAGGAGGUGGGAGUGAAGGGGAAUAGUUGGGCAAGGCUCCUGAGAUACAGCCCCCGGACUGACAGACGGACAGACAGACAUGCAAACACCAGACUGAAGCACAUGUAAUAUAGACUGUGUAUGUUUACAAUGUUGUGUAUAAAUGGGACAACCCCUCGCCCCCCACUCCACCCUCACCCCUUUGGUUGUAUGAUUUUCUUCUUUUUUUAAGAACACCUGGAAGCAGUGCCCCCUUCAGGGCUGGCUGGGGGCUCGGCCCAUCCACCUCUCAGGGUGCCUGCCUCUCUCUCUCCCAUGGUAUCCCUUCCCUCUCCCAUGUGCUCGGUGUUCAGUGGUGUAUAUUUCUUCCCCCAGACAUGGGGCACAUGCCUCAAGGGACACGAUCCUCUCCUUAGUCUUAGCUCCUGGGGCUCUUUAUAAGGAGUUGGGGGAGAGGGGAGACACAGGAAAUGGGAACCGAGCUGAAGCAGGGGCUGAGAUUGGGGCUGGAUGAGUAUGCUCCUGGCUGCCCAGCCUUCUACCAAGAACCAUUCCUGGGAUUAGAACUGCUCUUCCCAGGGAAAGUGGUCUCCCCCGCCCCUCCCGUGGGCCCCACGGUGUGAUGCUGUGUCUGUAUAUUCUAUACAAAGGUACUUGUCCUUUCCCUUUGUAAACUACAUUUGACAUGGAUUAAACCAAUAUAAACAGCU